UGCUCUAAGGCCAAUAUGUUGUCAACGAAAGGUGAAACAUAUUGAAAUACACUAUCAGUUCAACCCGUGACUUGUCAGAUCUCUAUGGCAUUCUAUCACGUCCGCUGGCAUGCGAAAAUGAUUCUGUCAAAUUAUUAUUGUAAAUAAAUCUAAUCCCCUCAUUCUAGAUCACAUCGAGAUAGAAAUAGUAAAAAUUCUCCGUCAGCCUCGGCCAUGGCAUUGGUGGCGAGAUGGGGCGAUAUCGGCGUCCCUGUCCUGCGCAGCAGUUCAUUCACCCGGCGGAGAGUGCGGAAGAGCAGCGCGGGCGCAGGUACGCUCAGGAACACUCCGACCAUGAACCGAGACACAUUUUAUCAGUUAAACGGAGGUGUCGGCGCGCCUCGACGUGUGCCCAGCUCCAACAUGACCCUCUAAUAAUCCGAUACUCUGUCUGCAUUUAUAUAGACUGAAAGCAACAUAGAUCUCAAGAUAAGACUUAUUAAUUAAUUUCUUCGCCCUAUUUUUAAGUGAACGUUCGAUGAGUGACGUGUGGAUUAUUUUUAAGUGAAUUAGCUUUAGUGCGGAAACAUUGACCGUGGAUUUUCACAAUUGGAUUUCCCGUAGCACCCGUGCACCUGGAUUGCUUUCCUGAGAACGGUACAAGUUACAUUGACGCGGAUAUUAAAAUUAUGAAAAUUUUGACCUGAUAACUUACAACAAGUUUAAAAUGAGACUAUCAACAAGUGAAGAGGUUCCUAGUACGACGGUGGGUCGCACCGGCAGCCCGGGCGGUGCAAUAGCGGCGGCGCCGGCGGCGAGCGCGGGCGCAUACGAUGUGACGCGUAUGCGCGAGGAGGAGUUCGAGCGGCUCACCGUGUACAUCGUGCCGGAUGUGCCGUGCGAGCGCGGCACCCAGAACCGGGCCGAGCGCACCCUGCCUAGGAGCCUCGCGCUAAGGCCCUCGGCCGUGCUAUCCACUCCAAACACACCGACGGAAGGUGUGUGGAGUAUAGGUGUUAUCCCACGAGGCACCAGGUUCGGGCCCUUUGAAGGCACCCGCACUCCCAACAAACCUAAUGACAAAGUAUCCUGGAGAUAUUACUGGAGGGUACAGGAAACUGUCAGACAUCAUACAUAUGGAAAUAUCAAGAUAUUCAAAGAUAGCGACUAUUAUUACCUGGACGGCUCUGACACGAGUGUUGCGAACUGGAUGCGAUACGUCGCCUCCGCCUACUCGCUCUCCGUCAUGAACCUCGUCGCCUGCCAGCACCAAGAGCACAUAUACUUUUACACCAUCAGGGAUAUCAUGCCGAAUGAAGAACUCAUGGUGUGGUACUGCAAAGAUUUUGCCACUAGACUCGGAUACGAUAUUGAUCCUGAACGGGCUACUUAUUCCAUUUGUAAAGAAGAAACAAUCAAAAAAGCAUAUGGAUUGCCCCCUGCACCAGUCCAUCCAGAGAUCGCAUUCAACCACAUGAAAUAUGUACUUGGUUUAACAAAUGCUAAGGAAUUAUUAGAAACUGAAAUCCCAAGUCGGCGACGAAAAAGGGAUGUAAAUGAAAAACCACUUAACGAAAAUUUUAAUUGCCCUCGUGAAGAACCCCGCUGCAAAAAUGAGAGGUCAAUUAUCAGGACUGAUAUAUCAGCCAGUGUCUUACACAAUAAGCCGGAUAGUCCAAUUGUGAGAGAAAGUACACCAAUUUCGCCAUCUUCGUUAAUGCAACCACCGUCGCCAGUUAAAAUCCAUCAUAGAGAUAAUUCAGCCUUAAUCAUUCACCAACACAAAGAGAGCACGUCACAUAUUGUUAUACACCAAAUGGAAAAUUCCAGAAUUCAUGGCAGUCGAUCACCCGCCCAAAAUCAGCACAUGAGAGACAUGCGAGGCCCUUCUCCUAUGUCCCAAAUGCACCAAGAUAAAUUAGGAAAUAGGUCACCCAGUCUUACCCACUGUGGGCCACCCCAUUACGAACCUCAGCUGACUCCAAACGAUGGUUCGGUAAGGUCGGAUGAAGGCUACCAUAGUAAUGGCUACCAUGACGAAUUUACACCACCAGAAGAUUCCAGUGAUUCAGACGUUGAGAACUAUGUAUUGGAUUGCUCCAACAAAACUAAUGAACCUAAGGAGACAGUUAUCGUUCAAAAAAUAGAUCAAGAAAUGCAUCGCAACGAAUAUAGAAAAGUAAAAAUAAAAAUGCCUAGAGCAUAUCAGUAUCAAAAUCUCAAGGAAAUGGACUCUGAGAGUGAAAAGGAAUUAAUCAUAGCCGAAGAGAUCGUUAAUACAUCGCCUCAAAACUUGUCACCGCCACGUCGUGAUCCAGCUACUUCGACAGUGAUAGUGUUAGAGCCUUCGCACAAUACCGUCAUCCCGAACACUAAGCCAUAUUAUGAAGAUCGAACUCUUUCUCCGUCUCCUCAACCAGCGUUCAUGAGAUACUCUCCACCGGACACCAGAAUCUUAGAAACAAUUUUAACUGGCAAUCGUAUCGACACAAACAAUAACGACCCCAACAGGCGGCAACCAAACGCUACGCCACCACCUUCUUCUCCCACAGAAAUGGCUUACUCUUAUAAGAAAAGUCAAAGAUACGGCAAUGCGUGUAGUCCAGAUUCAAGUUCCAAUUUGACACCGCUUCCGUCCCUUCUACCACUGCCACAACAAUUGCCAGCUCCUAGUGCUACGUCUGUCUACUCUUCAUCGCCUCCACAUUCCAUACCACACACGACGGAAAUAAGAGAAAUUAGAGAAAUAAGGGAAAUAAGAGAAACGCGAUAUGAAAGUCACUAUCCGAACUAUUCAUAUAAUAUCUACUCUCCACCGAACUCAACAAUAAUAACACAAUUAGGUUCUCCGCCAAAUUCAUAUUCACCGACCAUCACAUCGUCACAUCAAUAUGAGAGAUCUCAAAAUGGACAAAGUCAUCAUUAUCCUUCAUCCACUAGUGUUAUAACAUUGAAAAAUUGCUCACAAUUAAGUUUAAUACAGAAUUCUAAUGUAAACAGUCAAUUAGUACCAUCACAUGGUAGCAUGAGUCCUGAUGGUUCUUGUGGUCUCAUGGUGGCACCAAUAAGUCCCAAUUCUCAGGCCUCUCGAGGUUAUAGAAGUUUACCUUAUCCAUUGAAGAAAAAGGAUGGAAAAAUGCAUUACGAAUGCAAUGUUUGCUGUAAAACAUUCGGCCAAUUGUCGAACUUGAAAGUGCACCUAAGGACACAUUCAGGCGAACGACCAUUUAAAUGCAACGUGUGCAAUAAGUCAUUCACACAACUUGCACACCUUCAAAAGCACCACCUAGUACACACGGGAGAAAAACCGCAUCAAUGUGAUAUUUGUAAGAAAAGAUUUUCUUCUACAUCGAAUUUAAAGACUCAUUUACGGUUACAUUCAGGACAAAAGCCUUAUGCAUGCGAUCUUUGCAUGCAGAAGUUCACCCAAUUUGUCCAUUUAAAACUACAUAAGAGAUUGCACACGAACGACAGACCUUACGUUUGCCAGGGUUGCGAUAAGAAGUAUAUCAGUGCUUCUGGACUUCGCACUCACUGGAAAACCACAAGUUGCAAGCCGAACAACAUUGAAGAAGUUCUAGCAAUCACCAAUGCAGCAAACACCGAGUGCAUAGGUUCCGUCGACAAAGACUGCCACGACCGAGAGGGGCACGAGGCGUACGAGGUUCACUCUCCUGGGGGGCCGGUGGGCGCCGGUGGGGCGCGAAUGGUCAUGUCGCACGCCGAGCUGAUGGGAGGGCACGCGCACUCGACAACGCCGCACCUAGGCCCCGCGCACGCGCCGCCCUCGCCGCAGUAUCGCGCGCCACCCGACCACCACGAGCCGCCUCACUACGCCCCGCAGGCCGCUGAACCUCGCCCCAGCGUCAUCGAGUCCAACCAGCCGCUCAUCAUUGAAUGCACCUGAGACGACUCGAACGCGCACCAGUUGCUACUCGGACGCGUGAUUCCCCGCCGCACAAUGUGAUUACAUGUGAUCAAACAAAAGUAUUUGUGUAAAGACAAUUGACGAGAUUCUAGACUCGUCGUGUCAAGUGGCUAUGAAAUUACGAUAUGAACUUUAUUUUGUACAUUUGUAAAAAUGCCUAGUUUUUAUGAACGACGUGUUGUUAUUAAGUACUAAGUACUUACGUAGAUUAGAUUGUUGUAUUAUAUUAUUUAAGCAUUUUCGUAAAUAUUUGUAAGGAUUCAGCAGCCCUUGUUUAUAUUAAUGCUCAAUUUUAUACAUUAAAUUAGAUUUCUAUUGUAAAUAGGAUCUGUUGUGACAUCGAGUAUAUUUUAUUUCAAUAGUUUUUACUACGCUGUAUAAAUAAUUACCUUGCAAUAGGAUGACUACAAGACGGGCAAACAAACCUUGUGUAACAUGUAGAUUCAGUCUUCAUAAAGAGGUAAAAAUCUAAUGUAUCCUUUUAGAUAUCAAAGCCAUUAAACAAAGCUCAAUAUAUCUCAAAUUCCACCAAAGAAUGGCUUGUUUUACUCCAAAAGCAUAUUUGAUAUUGUAUCCGUAAUUGUAUUCUGAACUGAACCGAGCAUAAUUACUUAUUUGGAUGUAACACGCAAUUAGUUCCGAGUGCCAAAAGUGCACGUUAAUAUAUUUAAGUUAUCCUAAAAGUGUUUGAAUGAAUAGUAUUUUAAAUCAUUGUUCCUAACGAAUAAUCGGAGAGUAAGCGUAUAUGUGCGACAUCCUAAUUCUAAUGAUAUUGUUAGAUUAAAUUUAAAUUGACGAAUUGUGUACAUUACCCCUACGCUAGAACAAAUGGUGCUUCACAUCGUAGAAUAAUAGUCGCCCUAGGCCCCGCGCUGGUCGACUAUCUAACUACAUGUAAUGUUAAUUACACCGAGUCUACUAGUUACUAUUUUAUAUUCCAAAUUUCAAUUAAUUAUGAUUCUCCUAUUUGAAAAGGCUGAGAUAAAUAUAUGAUGUAAUGUUUGGCGAAUAUUAUUCGUAAGCAAUGGUUUACAUGAUGUCUAAGUACCCAAGCGGAUACUCAAUUAUUAUGAGUCUAUGAAGGAAUAGCUUAUACGUGAUGUAAAACCAAACGUUAGCUUUUUGUAUACAUAUUUCUAUAGUACGAUUAAGGUUUUUACACGCGAGCCCUUGUAGAUUUAUUACCUGUAUAUUUUAUACCUACAUUUUAUAAAUCAAAUGUUUGUAUUUGACGAGAGUAUUAUGAGAAUUAUUCAUUUUAAUUUGAUUAUUUUUUAGGUACGCACAAAAUGUGCAUAUUUCGCCUGCUCAUUGUAAACGUUAAAAACGAUUCUUACUUAAAGUAAACUUUGAAUGAAUUGUAAUUAGAAGAUCAAUAGCAAAAGCUAAUACACUUCAGAUGGAGUGAGGUAAUUUGUUGCGCCUUGUAUACAAAAUAAAAGCUAUGCAGACUAUUCUCAAAGUUGCAUAUUGAGUAAGAAUUCAUAGGUAUGCCUUUUAGUACCUUAUACAUGUAUUAUGACACCACGUAAAUAUUCGUUGUCAUGAAAAUAUACUGAAAGAUAUAUAUUUUUGAAUGUAAAGUACAGGGUUUGAAUGGUGUCUGCUGAAACGAUGAUUUAAUAACAGUUCAAAUUUAACAACAAUUGUACUUCUUAUAUUUGUAUCAGUCUAUUGUCAUUGGAUAAAAAUAAUCUUUUCAUGAUUUUGGUCGUGUUUUAUAAUAGACUAAACAUGAAUAAAAUCAGUCUAAGACACAGUUUUAUAUUUAUUGUUAACAUUCAAAAUACUUUGCUCUUGAUUGAAUUAAAUAUAGUAGGAUAUAUUUUUUUAUUAUUACUGCAAUGAUUUAGCAAAAGAACUCCAUAACUUCUCGCCAUUCCUUAUAUUAUUCAAAAUAUUUAUACUUUACGAUCCAUCAGAGUAGGUAACUAAAUUGACCAGUUAACUUAUAUGCUAACGUAUUAUGCUAUGUUCAGAUGUUCUCUCACAGCAGUUACUUAACUCUAUUCAACGUUUUAAAGCAUGAUAUAGCUUAUUUUGUUUGCAAACUAUUGAGAAACAAUUAAUGUUAUGGAACACCUUAAAUGUUAUUUAUAUGCUGUUUGGGCACAUCUUACGCAAACACAAAAUUUCAAAGCUAUAUACAUUAUCAUAUUACAACAUAAUUUGCCGAUUGUUUAAUCAUCCCUAGCUAAUAUAGCGUUCUUGAUUAAUUUCCCUGUAAAUAAUCGGAUGAGGGGUUUAAUCUUUAUUCGGUAUUCUAUAGUACCUAAAGCAGUAAUAAAACCAUCAUGACUAUUUAUCAAACUUGUAUAAAAUUAAAUGUAACACCUAAGAAAAUAAUAGAUCAUACAUAAUGUAAGUAAAUACCUAUCUAUGGUUCUGAAAAGUAAGCAGUACGAUAUAAUCAUAUGUAUCGGCACAUUCAGCUACAAUAUUAAUUAUAUAAAGGACUCGCAUACAUUUUCUAAUGAGUAAUGUUAUCUUAUUAAUGCGCCGGAAACUUACCUACUGUAAAGGCCUGUAAUUUUGUACACCAUGAUCGACGAUUGUUUUACAAACACCAAAUUAAAUAAAACAGGAGUAAAAAU